AGUUUGACAGAUACAGCUGUUAUUGUUUUGAGAAAUAAACAGCAAUAUGCAGUGAAUAAUGGAACAGUCAUAGCUAAAUUCUUACCAUACUAAUAUUUGUAAAACGUGUAUUAAAGUUGUUUCGAAACUAGUAAAACAUUAAAGGAUAUCAAGCGGGGUAAAACAGUAACCAUGUCGACGAGUGAUUUCUUGGAGCGGGGCAUGUUUGAGUUUGGGAAGGGAAACUUCCGUCAAGCUGAAGAACAUUUGACGGCCGUGAUCAAGGGAGACAACAGAGAAGAGAAACUAGACGCGUACAGAAUGCGUUCUUCAUGCAGACACGAAAUGGGACAAUACCAAGAAGCCAUAGAAGACGCAAAACGCUUGUUAGAAAUGCAUCCCAAAUCUACAUCCGGAUAUGCUUUGUGGGGAAAUGCGUUGACAAAGCUAGGCAAAUUCGAAUAUGCGCUGGCUACAUUUAGAUUGGGUUUAGAAAUUGAUACACAUGACAGUGAAAUAAAGAAAGGUUUAAAAGAUAUGCAAGUAGACAUCAUGUCAUCUUCUGAUUACGUACAAGAGAAAACUUAUGAUGCGGUUAAAAUGAGUUCGCAAGAACCAUAUCCAGGUGACAAUGAGCUAGAAGUCUUGGAAAGGGAGAUAAUGCAGAAAUGGGGAAUGACAGAGUUCCCUCUCCUUGAAGUGUUCAUGCAGGAUCCAAAGAUGGCGGUUCAAGAAUAUGGCGCAGCACUGCAGCUUAGAAAGGCGGGAAAUGAUGAACAGGCGCUGGAGAAAAUGAAGGAAGCAUUGAAAUAUGAUGCAGCAAAUUUCACAUUACGGGGUGAGGUUGCCUCCUUGCAGUAUGAACUAGGGCGAUACAAAGAGGCUUAUCAGAACUGUCAGUGUAUCCCCACAGAUUUCAGACCUGUGAAAUACUGGAAACUUGGAGGACAGAUUCUGCACGCGUUAAACCUUCCGGUACACGCGGAGGCGUGGCUACGACAGGGAUGUAAACUGGACAAAAAUGAUAUAGAUAUGCCGUUAUUGUUCCAAAACAUUCGAGUUAAAAGACUUUAUGGUCCGCUUACAGAAGGCACAAAGGCGAAUGUAGUUUUUACGCAAUAUGGUCGAGCUAUAGAGGCAGCGGAAAAUAUUUCUCAAGGAGAAAAUUGCUUUAGAGAUAAACCUGCGGUGCUUGCACAAACUUUAGAUACACAACACGUGACUGCCUGUCUACACUGUGCUAAAUGUCUUAUGCUUCCGGAAGAGUACUUUGGGAAGGAAGUGCUUGCGCAGAACGCGGAGUUGAAGAAAGUAGUCCAAAAGUAUUGGCCAAUCAGACCACGUAUUGAGUGCAAAAAAUGUGGAAAUAGAGCAAUAUAUUGUAGUGUUGAGUGCAGAGACGAAAGUUGGUCGUUAUAUCAUCAGAUUUUGUGUGUUUCUGAAAAUCCAGCCGUUGAAAAACUGCACAAAGUUUGUGAACAGUACAAAACGCUCGCUUCCGACCAGCGUUGCUACAGGGGUGUUUGGAAUGCAUCAUUUAGUCCGUUUGUCCUAGCUAAUAUCUGGGCAAGAAUUAUUUGUUUGGCAAAUAGUUUAGCGGCCCAGGAAGGCAGAGACAAACCAACCGCUGCAAACUGGACCAUGGCGAAAUCGCCAUAUAGAAAGUUUAUUGCUUAUGGAAAUGCUAGUAACGCCGCUGUGAUACCGACAAUGGUCUCCAUCAUGCAAGAAGUAUUUGAUAACGACAGCCUACCUGUCAAUCAUCGCUUGAAGAUAAAUAACAAGGAGUUUGAUGGGCGGUACUUUCAGGCCACGUGCAACGUUCAGGCAUUCUCGGACCCCGCCCCUCCGUUUAAUGUUUUCUUGAAUAACGUUGCCCAAGACCCUAGAAGAGAAUUAGUGCGCAUGCACACGAUGAAUGACCCGGAUGAUGCAAUGUUUGCCGGGAUGUUUCCACUCCAUGCUUGUUUGAAUCAUUCCUGUGACAACAAUGUUGAGGUGUUAGAUGGCCACCCAGGAGUGCUUGUUCGAGCAAAGAAGCCCAUAAAAGCCGGGGAGGAGUUGUUUACAACAUACAUCAACACAAGGUUGCCCAGACAGGAGAGAAGGGCGUGGCUUUUCCGGGGAUACAACUUUUGGUGCCAGUGUACGAGAUGCAAGUUUGAGGGAGACGGUCCAGAAAAAUGUACAGAAUGUGGAAAACUAGCAAAGACUGAUGAUAAAGAAAAAUAUCCUGGCUGCGGAAAGUGUCACAGAGCUUGGUAUUGUUCAACGGCAUGUCAGAAAACGUCAUGGAAGAAAGGACACAAGAAAAUAUGCAAGACAAAAUGGUAACAACUCAACACUGCACGUGCAUUGUAAAAAACCUGGUUAGGUUUUCGACCAAAGCUUGAACCCGGAUGUGCCGCGUUCGUACAGUUGAAUGCACCCAAGAUGUGGCAUUACCUCUGAAAUGGAAUGCUCCCAAGUUGGCUAUACCCGAACUGGAUAUACCCCAAAAAUGUGAUUUUUUUAUCCUGCAUUGAAAUGUUGUGUUUUGUACAUGUCCAGAAGUAAUGUGUAGUCUAUAGAACCUCCCAAUCCCAGUUUAUUAUCAGACAUUUGGGGUCGUAACGCACUUCUUCGCCGCUGUCCUUUUUCGGCCAAUACCCUGGAGCGUUUUAAAGCAAACUGAGCACAGUUCUAGCUCAUAAAACUUGUUAAGUAACAACUUCAACAUUUAGAGUUGAUAAAUCAGGUUGAAACUGUAACAAAAUGUGUUUUAUAAUCGCUUCAUAUGUUCAGCUCGUUUUAAAAUGCGUACCAGUACCGAUUGCAGUUGGCAAUUGGUAAGGGCGGAGGAGUGAGGUUCAGACCUAAAGUGUCUUUGAUUCGAUCCUGCCAAGUCGCCCAUGCACUCAGUGAAAUUCUUACCUCAGUUUGAUCUUAACACCAACUUUUAAGUUCAUUUUGCAUAUUUUGAAGCUUAACUUAGGACAUCAUGUAUUUUGAGUCUAACAGUUAAAUUAUAUGGUGUGAGUAGACUAAAAUUAUUUAGAUAAUCUAGCUCGGCUAACAGUUUCUUCCAAUAAGGUAGCUGUUUUGUAUUAGAUGAUACCCGCAGGUGAAGUUUCCAUCUGUGUCUUUGAAACCUUCGUUGAAAAACAGUAUUUCGUUAGUCCCAAGAUCAAAGAACACUACAGUAUCUGAUAUAUCAACGUCACAGUUCAUAACAGUGAUAUCUGUUUCUCUCUUUUUUUUGUAUAAUUAGAAUAGAUAGCGUACUCUCAUCUUGCACAGAAAUCGCUGAUGUUCUGUAUAAUAUGAACUGAAGUUAUUUAAAUUUCAAAUAUAUGUUAUAAUCUCGCAAAGGAACCAAAGAAGAUGGCGCCACCAACGGUUGAUGUACACAAACACUAAAUGUUUAAAAAGGUAGCCCGGAUAUAAUGGCGCACUCCCCGUUAUAGAACUUUUCUCCUUAAAUUUAAGUGAAAUUUCUUGCAGUGACUAGGACGGAGGGGCUCAGUUUGAGCGAAUUUUAUAGGCUGCGACUAAAACAUUUUUAACGUAUCACAGUUAGAAUCUCCCAAGUUUUUAGAUUUUUUUUUUAAUUUCGUAUUGACAUGGUUCUUACCGAAGUUAGGUUACAGAGUAGUAAAUGAGUUCGUGGAGUUAUUUGCAGCCCUGGAAUGUUUGCUUAUUCUAUGGGUGAAAACGGCCAGCUAGAUUUAGUGCUCGGAUGCCUUAUAUUAACAGUAUUAGUGGUAUCUGUAGCAUAUACAUUCCCGUCACGGUCUGUGUUAGAAAUGUCGUCUGAUGACAGUAUGUUGUUACCAAUUUAUUCUUUCACAUGUUGAGAAAUUCGACAUCGCAGUAAUUUAUUUUUCAAAGUAGUACACAUUAUUUCAUAUUCUGAUCAUAUUUCCCUUAUAAUUCUACCUCCUAAUUUUCAAAGUAGUACACGUUAUUUUCAUAUUCUGAUCAUAUUUCCCUUAUAAUUCUACCUCCUAAUUUUCAAAGUAGUACACGUUAUUUCAUAUUCUGAUCAAAUUUCCCUUAUAAUUCUACCUCCUAAUUUUCAAAGUAGUACACGUUAUUUCAUAUUCUGAACAUAUUUCCCUUAUAAUUCUACCUCCUAAUUUUCAAAGUAGUACACGUUUUUUCUUUCAUAUUCUGAUCAUAUUUCCCUUAUAAUUCUACCUCCUUAUUUUCAAAGUAGUACACGUUAUUUCUUUCAUAUUCUGAUCAUAUCUCCCUUAUAAUUCUAGCUCCUAAUUUUCAAAGUAGUACACGUUAUAUCUUUCAUAUUCUGAUCAUAUUUCCCUUAUAAUUCUACCUCCUAAUUUUCAAAGUAGUACACGUUAUUUCAUAUUCUGAUCAUAUUUCCCUUGUAAUUCUACCUCCUAAUUUUCAAAGUAGUACACGUUAUUUCAUAUCGUAUUUUCCUUAUAAUUCUACCUCCUAAUUUUCAAAGUAGUACACGUUAUUUCAUAUUCUGAUCAUAUUUCCCACAUAGUUCUACCUCCUUUUAAUAACUUGCUCAAUUACUACUUCGCAUGUUUGAACAAUAGAUCCACCUACCUACCUCAAACCUACCUACCAGACCAGGGUUUUGUUUGGUUUUUGUAGGCUAGAUUUAAUUUGUUUUGUUUUUAUUCGUCGAAAUUAGUUAUCAAUUUAUUUUAUUUCAGGUCUUAAUUUAUUUUUCAGGACGCUUAUAGCGUAUUUUUACAUAUAUAUUGUCUAUUGAUCAGUUGUUAAAAAAAUGGGGAUUAAACACUUUUUGCCCGGCUUACGAUAUAAUAUAUAUAUAUAUAUAUUGAAGUUUCAGCUUUUUGUUGAAAGUCGAAUAUUCAUAAAACAAACAACUCUCUAGAAACGACCACUACAAUCACAACAAAAUGAUAUAAAUACCACCCCGAUUUUAGCAUUUUCAGUAGCUAAUUAUUACAUGAAUACAUUUUACGUGUGCAUUGUUAAGUAGAUUUUUUUAAUUCUUACACUGUCCUUGAAAACUUCUGGAUCAACCCCGUUAUGUUUUCAGAUUUCAUAUUUUGCUGAAACUUUAGAAAAUUGUAAGUUUGGCAAGAAUAAAACGUUUUGGAUAUUUUAUUUAACUUAAUGUUGUUUUCCAUUCUAAGGUUCAUAAUAACGAAUAUGUUUCAUAUGUCUGUAUAUAGUUUAUUGCAUCUCUGUAUGAUUUGAUUUAUAGCUUGGUUGCGCGCAAAAAGCCGCACUUUCAGUGAUCAAUCUUUGUCCGCAGCCCCCCCCCCCCCCCCCCCCCCCCGCCCACAUGUUUCAUAUGUCUGUAUGUAGUUCUGAAUCUACAGAAUAGUUUGGGUGACACUGGUUAACCAAGGAUGCGCGUGUGGUCGAGAUUCGUCAGUAAAAAUGGCUGACAUUGACGGCACGUUCCGCUAUAUAGUCCGAAGCAUCUUCGGUUUGAGACCGAUACUUCGAUUUUAGACUAAUUUCUCACAACAUUUCCUUGGGUGACCUACUGCCAAAACUGUAAACACCCUGAUAAUUUGUUGGAAAAUUAUGACCGUCAUGAAUAGGCUUGUUUUCUCUGUAUUGAAAGAAUUUUGAAAUUCUCUGUAACAGCUAGCAUGCAUUCAUUCAUUUGGACGACCGUUUUCAAAAUUUACUCACGCGGGAAUCGUUAUUAGUUGAGGGGGAUAGUUUCAUCAGCGUAUUAACCCUUACCCUUCUGAAUUUCUAUAAUGAACUUGUCCAUCUUUCAGCUGGACAGUACCAUCAACUGUUAACUGUGUUCUUACAAAAAAGACUGACUGAAUGGUGAACAGUGCAUAUCUUUAUCAGACUGCACUGGUCGCAAAUGCAUAAUCAAUCGUGUACAGCAUAAGGGUUAAUACCUGUUCGAGCCACGAAACUCUUGUGAGCGAUCUUGUGCCAUGAUGACCCUCUUCUUAUGAAAUAUUGUUGAAUCUUAUACAUUUUAAUGUUUCAAUAGACAUUACCAUAACGACAUUGUAAAUGAAAUGCAAUCUAUGGAAUUUAUUUUUGAACUCUUUGUUUAAUUUGAAAAUUAUUUAAGAAAAUUUUAUAAUAUGUGUAUAUAUUAUUUGAGAAUAUUUAUGAUACUUUAUGAAAAAAUACUGUGACCUACCUUUGCUUAUUUAAGAAAUAAAUUUUAGUUUAG